UAUACUAUUACUAUGUAUAAAAUUUCUGGAGCUGCCCUCGUUUUAUGACUCCUUUGGAGUUGCUGUUUUCCAUUUCUCCUCCGAAACCGAGAAGGAAAAUAUUCCCUAAAAUGGAGGCAACUCCCUGGUUGAACUUGGGAGUCCUGGUUGUGGUCCUCUGUGUGCUUGCAGCGAAGUUUACAUUCCGCAGACUUGGCAACCGCAAGAACCUCCCACCUACUCCACCAGCUCGUCCGAUCAUCGGUCACCUCCAUUUGCUCAAGCAACCAGUUCACCAAACUCUACAUGAACUGUCCCUGAGAUAUGGUGACAUUUUAUUUCUCCGGUAUGGGACUCGCAGAGUCCUAGUGAUCUCCUCACCAUCUGCAGUUGAAGAGUGCUUUACCAAAAACGAUGUCAUCUUUGCGAACCGUCCUCUCUCUCUUGCUGGGAAGCAUCUCAAUUACAACUCUUCGACUAUGGGUUUCUCAUCCUACGGCGACCACUGGCGCAAUCUCAGGCGCCUCACGACUAUAGAGCUCUUCUCUUCUAGCCGUGUCGCAAUGUUUUCUGGUAUUCGAGCAGAGGAGGUUCAGUUGUUAAUCAAACAACUAUUUCAGGACUCGAGAAGAGAGUCAGCUACGGUGGCUCUGACAUCAAAGUUCUUGGAGCUCACUUUCAAUAACGUUAUGAGGAUGAUUGCCGGAAAACGUUAUUAUGGGAAAGUUGUAAGGGAUGAAGAAGGAGAACUGUUGCAGGAGAUCAUUAAAGAAAUGGAGGCACUUCGUGGAAGCUCAAAUCUAAAUGAUUACUUUCCAGUACUACAGUGGGUGGAUUACCAAGGAGUGGAGAAAAAGAUGAUGAGAUUGAUGAAGAAGAUGGACAGAUUCUUGCAGGACCUCAUUGAAGAGCACCGGAAAGCAAGAAGCGACUCAUCUUCAUCUUCAUCAGAGAAUCUGUCUGAUGCAUGCAAACAGAAGAAGGACACGACUUUGAUUGAUGUUAUGUUGUCGCUCAAAGAGACAGAACCAGAAUUCUAUACUGAUCAAACCAUCAAAGGAGUAAUACAUUCAGCACUUACUGCAGGAUCUCAAACUUCAGCAGCUACUCUAGAAUGGGCGAUGUCACUUCUCCUGACUCACCCAGAAGCACUGCAUAAGGCUUUUGUAGAAAUUGAAGCCGUUGUUGGACUAGAUCACCUAAUCGAUGAAACUGAUGUAUCAAAACUAAGUUACCUACAAAACAUAAUUAACGAGACAUUUCGACUCUUUCCACCGGCGCCGCUGCUAUUACCACACGAAUCAUCGGCAGACUGCACAGUUUGUGGGUUCCAUGUGCCGCGGGGGACGAUGUUACUGGUCAACAUAUGGAGCAUGAACAGAAACCGCAAGCUUUGGGAGGAUCCAACGAAAUUCAUGCCAGAGAGAUUUGAAGGUGGAGAAGGAGAAGGGUAUAAGCUGCUUCCAUUUGGUGCUGGAAGGCGGGCGUGUCCAGGGGCUGGUCUGGCCAAGCGAGUGAUAGGUCUCACAUUGGGUUGCUUGAUUCAGUCGUUUGAGUGGGAAAGAUUCGGCAAAGAAGAGAUCAACAUGAAAGAGGGAACUGGGCUCACCAUGCCCAGAGCUGUUCCUUUGGAAGCAAAGUGCAGACCUCGCAAAGCCAUGAUCGGCCUACUCUCCUCCUUAUGAAGCGCUGCAGCGCACGAAGCUGUAGGUUUGUUUCUUCUCGCAUGGUUUCUUUCUUUCUGUGAAAUUCGAUCAACUAUAAAAUUAUAGUUUUAUUAAAUAUU